AUGGGUGAGUGCUACAUUUUCAGAGUGGCACACACACUACAAAACACCAGGAAGAGCACACCCACAAUCACUCCACCUGCUUUUCUCUGCCUGCAAAUUGACCCAAGAAAUACAAAGCAUGGACUUGAUCAAGAAAAGUUCAUCAGGGGGAGAAGUCAUCACUGUUGAUGUUCUUGCAGCUAAAGAUCUUCUUCAUCAGGCCCUCUACCGCUAUCUUGAUGUCAGGACCGAAGAAGAAUUUAAGAAUGGACAUGUCGAGAACACCUUCAACAUUCCAUACAUGUUUAAUACUCCAAAAGGCAGGGUGAAGAACCCCAAAUUUGUGGAUCAAGUUUUGGCCGUUUCCGGGAAGGAAGAUCACCUUCUUGUGGAAUUCAAGCAUGUACGCAACAUGGGAGGGGGAUACAUUGCGUGGAUUGGGAACGGUUUUGCUGUUAAGAAGCCAAAUCCAGUGGAACUCUGAUUGCAACAAUAUAUAUAUUAUCAUGAGAUUAAACCCAAUAAUUUAUGGAAGAACUAUUUCGAGUUUCA